CGCUACUCGCUCAUUUGAGCUUCACUCGUUCUUCCAGAGGAGCUGAACCCCUCCACACACACGCUUCACAAACACACAUACACACACACACACACACACACACACUCUCUCCUACAAGCUGCUGUGCAGCAGGAGGACUGUGGAGUGUUAUCUGCAGCAGGAGAAGCAGUUCUCCGUGUUUGAGCUGUGUGUUUUUAAACUCCCCCCGGACUCGGACUGCGGUGUGGAGGUGAACUCAGCAGGUGGUCAAUAAAUGCAGUGACUCAGCUUCAUUGCUCAACACACAGUCCACAUGUGUCUACUCUAUUCGGGGGUUCCUCUGGGAAUGCAGGCUUCACUGGUGAUGAAGCUGGACUGAAAAUGUCUCCGAUUUUAAGACUCUGAUUUUAAGAUAGUUACGCCUGGUUGUUUCGCCUAGGUUUGGGUCCAGUCUUCAUUUUUUUUUUUUCUCUUUUCUUUUCUUUCUUUUUUUCGUUGGAGUUAAAUUUAUUUUCCAAAGAAGCCAUAAUGGCAAAGUGGCUGAAGGACUAUUUGAGUUUUGGGAGCAAGCGAAUUCCCCCUCAGCCACCAAAGCCAGACUACACAGAGAGUGAGAUACUCAAAGCUUAUCGUGUUCAAAAGAACUUGGACUUUGAAGAUCCAUAUGAGGACUUUGAAAAAAGCCGGAAUGACGGUGGGCCAGCGGUGGAGAACCCGCUUGCUGGGCUUGGCUCUAUGCUGAAGAACACCAGUUUGGAUAUGAAGGUGGUGUCACCGAAGCAUCGACUCAUCAAGGUGGACUCGCAGGACCUGGGCCGGAACAAGAUUCUGCUGAGCUCGGUGUCCUUGGAGGAGCAGUCAGAACCAGUGGUCCCAUCAGCCCCAGCAAUUGGUGACACUGACUACUCGGACCCCUUUGACGCUCGCCAGGAUCUGCAGUCAGAAAACCGCCAGGGUCCCCCCACCCCGGAGAAUAACGGCUACAUGGAGCCUUAUGAAGCACAGAGGGUUAUCACUGAGCUGCAGAGGCGAGCUGGAGGCCGGGGCAGAGGGGAGGUUCAGCUGUAUGAUACUCCGUACGAGGAGCAGGGGUCCGGACCCACGGAGCCGGCUGAGGAGGGCAGAGAAGGAAGGCUCCCACAGGACGACGAGAGGCCAGCGGACGAAUAUGACCAGCCCUGGGAGUGGAAGAAAGACCACAUCUCGAAGGCUUUUGCAGGGUCAGAUUUGAAGGAGCUGGCCGAGCUGCCCUGGCCUCCUCCAGUGGGCCAGCUGGAGGAGGAGCCCUCUGUGGGCGAGCAAGUGCAGUUUGAGGGCGCGGACUGGGAGCGCUCCUCACCUUCUCCAGAUCGUCUUCGUGCCUCCAGAAGUCCGCUCAUAGCAGGCAACAUGAAGCUCCGCAAGCCCAGUGAUCCUCACUCCAUGAUGGGGGAGCGUGUGGACCCCACCCUGCCCCUGGAGAAACAAGUGUGGUAUCACGGUGCUCUCUCCCGUUCGGAUGCGGAGUCUCUGCUGACGUUGUGUAAGGAGUGCAGUUAUCUGGUGAGGAACAGUGAGACCGGCCACUCGGAAUACUCGCUGUCUCUCAGAAGCUGCCAGGGGUUCAUGCACAUGAAGUUCAGCCAGUCGAAGGACGGCAAGUACAUCCUGGGCCAGAACAGCCCUCCCUUCAGCACCAUCGCUGAAGUCAUCCAUUACUACACUACACACAAGCUGCCCAUCCGAGGAGCUGAACACUUAUCCCUGCUCUUCCCUGUGCUGGUACAGACCCUGUGAUUGGCCGAGAGCACUGCGGGACUCGGUGCUAAUGGCUAAUUCACUGGAUGAGGACUUUCAGAUUGUUAACCAGUGUUUCAGAUUGUUUUUGGACAAACUAAUAACCUCUUAUUUCCAAAAUCAAACUUCAUGAAGUCACGGUAAACUCGAUGCUCCAAGUACCGGUUGGAGUAAAGCAUCACAGCACAGCUCUUCAUAAGCGUAGACUCGCACUGCAGUAUUGACUGUCCAAUAAGCUGUAAUUUGUCUUUACAAUGGCCUGUUGGCUGACUUUUCUUUUUUUUUUCUUGACUAGUUUGUGGCGUUGUUCAUUCUUGGCCUUGAUGUCCCUCUGGACAACUGGGGACUUUUAUGGCCGCUGUAAAGGGGCUCUCCACAGCCCGUUUUAUGAUUACAUGGCUAAUAAACUCACCCUUUGAUCCAUAUGGGACCUUUUCAGAUCGUGUUGUUUGGUGAACUGGAAGCUGGACAUCUAUCGCAGCUAUAGUUCUUGCUUGGUUGACCUGGUAGAACGUUUCAGUGUUGUUUGGGUAUUUCUGUUCUAAGUAAUUAUUUUAGUUAAUGAGAACGAUCUUAAAUCAGCCUUCAGCUGUAUUUGCUGUUUUUUCUUUUUUAUAAUACUGAUUCAUGACUAUCCGUAACGAUGUGGCGUUUGAGAGAUUCCCGAGAGGUUAUUGGGAUGAGUGUUAUGAAAAGUGUUUUAGCUGCUACAUUCAAACUGUUUUACAUAUUAUGUAAUAAACAUUCUGGAGAAAAUGUG